CGACCUGACACAGCACAAGUGGAGGAUUGCUUGCAUCAUUUAUGACUUUUUCAGGCAGCUUUUUCUGAAACCCCCCCUCAAUAUGGGAUUUUGCAAGAUUGCAGCAGUUGCACCGUACCUGGUGCACGUUUUAUUUUCAUGCACAGUCCUGUGCACAACUACAAGAUAUUUCACCUAUGAAGAGGAUGCACUCGGGACGGAGAUAGGCAAUUUGUCUCUAGAUUUAAAGAUUGAUCCGGCUGAUGACCCUGACACAUCAUUCCGCUUCAUGCAAGAAAACAACUCGACUCUGGUUCAGAUGAGGGAGAACGACGGGCUUCUGAGCGUUGCAGAGAUAAUUGAUCGGGAGCAGCUCUGCCCCAGGUCUCCCCGCUGCUUCAUCACCUUCGACAUCGUGGCCUUCUCCCGGGAGAAGUUCCAGCUCAUCCACGUGGAGAUAGAGGUGAGAGACAUCAACGACUACUCUCCUCGUUUUCCGCGUAACGAGACGAAUCUGGAGAUAGUGGAGAAUGUUCCACUGGAUUCCAGAUUCCCCCUGCUGAUUGCCCUCGACCGGGACGUGGGUGAGAACUACAUUCAGAGCUACAAUAUCUCCCCCUCCAGUCAUUUCUCCAUUGAAGUGCACGAUCGGGAUGAUGGAGUGAAGUUUGCAGAGCUGGUGCUGGUGAGGGAGCUCGACAGGGAGGUGGAGGACUCCUACACGAUCGAAGUGACUGCAUCUGACGGAGGAGUGCCUGCGAAGUCCGGGUCAAUGACUGUAAAUAUCAAAGUGCUGGACUUCAAUGACAACAGCCCCACGUUUGAACACAGCUCUCUGAAAGUGGAGCUGAACGAAGACUCACCGGCGGGUCACCGAGUUGUCAAAGUGCACGCAUUUGACCCCGAUGAUGGCAUCAAUGGGGAGGUGAUGUACGCGUUUGGAGAGGGCUUAUCGCCCGAGGCUGCGCGCCUCUUCAACAUCGACCCUUACUCCGGUGACGUGACCCUGAAGGGGCUUGUUGAUUUUGAGAAGAGGAGGUCAUACGAGCUGAACAUCAAAGCCACAGAUUUGGGCGCCAACUCUGUUCCAUCCACCUGCAAACUGGUGAUAGAAAUCGUGGACGUGAACGACAAUGCGCCUGAAAUCGGCAUCAAACCCAUGACCUCCAGCAGUGAUGGAGUCGCCUACAUCACAGAGGCUGCAGCCGCCGAGAGCUUCGUGGCUCUGAUCAGCACCUCGGACAGAGACUCAGGCUCCAACGGGUACGUGCGCAUCAGCCUCCUCGGGCACGAGCAUUUCACCCUGCAGCAGGCAUAUGGAGACACUUUCAUGAUUGUAACCACCACCACUUUGGACAGAGAGAAGAUCCCAGAGUAUAACCUCACUGUAGUAGCAGAGGACCUGGGAAACCCGCCUUUUAAAACUGUCAGACAGUACACUAUCCGUGUCACAGAUGAGAAUGACAACCCCCCUCUCUUCAGUAAGCCACUUUAUGAAGUUUCAGUCCUGGAAAAUAACAUCCCAGGCUCAUAUGUCACCACUGUCGUCGCUCGGGAUCCUGAUGUGGGAAAGAAUGCCAAAGUCUCUUACAAGCUCAUAGACUCAGAGGUGCCAGGGGGGUCCUCAGUGUCCACGUAUGUCUCUGUGGAUUCGCUCUCAGGGUCUUUGUACACUCUCAGGUCUUUCGAUUAUGAGACGCUUCAGCAGAUUGAGCUUGUCAUCCAAGCAGAAGACAGAGGCUCGCCCUCUCUUUCAAGCACGUCAACAAUCAGGAUUAGAGUUGUGGAUCAGAAUGACAAUGAUCCGUACUUCACCUUCCCCGUCCUCCUGAAUGGCUCGGCUGAUAUUCCGCUGCCCUUUAAUGCACCCUCUGGCUAUCUCGCCCUUCGUGUAUCAGCUGAAGAUGAAGACGAGGGAGUGAAUGGCGAGCUCUCCUACAAAAUUGUACAAGGUGACCCCAAGCUUUUUACAAUAAACAAGGACACUGGAGAGAUUGCUCUAAAACAAUGGCUGACAGCCGAAAUUGGGGACGUGCUGGAAAUGAAAAUCUCAGUGAGCGACAAUGGCAGGUCCCCACUCUCGAGCAGUGCCACAAUUAGGUUUGUCGUCUCAGACUCAGAACCCUCCGAAGACCAAGUCGUCAUUGUGCUGCGGUCAAGUGAUGAAGAAGGCUCCGGCUUUGAUGGCUCACUAAUUAUCAUUAUUAUGCUCAGUGGGGGUUGUGCCUUGUUGCUGAUUGCAAUAGUUGUUGUUGUUGUCACAUGCAAACUGAGCCGUAAGAGGAGAAGCACCAAGAGAGAAGUGUGCCAGAGUCUGUUUGACGGCAGGCCCAUGGCCAUGCUCGGAUCCACAGAGCCAAACAUUUACACAGGUCAACGAGGCUUCUUCCACGAGAGGCCUUCACUGUCUCUGGAUGAUUCGUGCCUGUAUGAGGAGAGGAGCGGGGACUCAGAGACAAAGAUGUUCCUGCCCUCCAAGCAUUUCCAACCAGCGUCUGUGUGGCAAGGUGACAAAUACUGCUUGCAAGUGAGUGGCAUCAGCAAUACUGACCAGCUGAGCGUGAAGGACAGUGGUAAAGGGGACAGUGACUUCAACGACAGUGACUCUGAUAUCAGUGGCGACGGAGGCAAGAAGAUCUUUAGAACCUUCCAGCCGAGGCUAAAAAAUGCUGCUACCAGCUUUUCUGGGGAUUGCCAAGGCACCUACUGUGCAAUAGCACCACAGAGCUUCAGAGCCACCAGAGACAACGCCUACACAAUAGGCUUCUCCCCAGUGCCCAGCUACAACAAUCCUCCGGGCUGCUCCAUGUCUUGGAAGGACUCUGGUUAUGGCACAAAUCGGCCAAAAUCACGUAACAGCAUGUGCACCUACUCCAGAACCGGGACCCUUCCUUCCUACUUCCCACAGCAACAGCGUGAGGCUGAUGUCGAAGGUGUCGCAGUCCACAAGCAGAGUCCAAGUAUUGUAACUGUGGCUACAGCAUUAGAAGUUGCAACUAUCUUUUAAAAAAAAACAUUCAAAAAUGGAUUGAAAUGUAGCUAGAAGAUGUAAAUUUGUGUAAAAACUCUCACUAUAUGGUUAACUCACAGCUGUAUAUAUUUGUUAAUGUACAAAAUUCUAAUAUUAUUCUGUUUGCUCAUGUUAAAAAUAUUUGAAUUUCAGUAUACUGCAUUCAGUGUUUCUUUUUCCAAUAAAAGUGUGAAUAAAAUAAUGAGAAAUGUCA